AUGACCAGUUCGAUAUCCUCGGUUUGGAUAACCACCGCUGAUUGCUUUCAAAAGCUUCCUCAAGAGAUACUGGAACAAAUCCAGAUGCUUCUACCAUCUCGCAGUGUUGCUGACGUGCGUUUGGCAUCAAGGUCGUUCGCUGGCUUGCCACUUACGCAGUCAUUUUGGGCUUCAAGGGAUUGGAAGGCUUUCUACGAGGAUACAGCAGUGACAUCAGAUUCAUCCAAUGAGUUGAAGAAUCGAAAGCGGAUCUGGUGUUACUUGAAGAACAUAGCAGAUCUAGUUCUUGAACAACCGUUGAGCAGUGAAGGGAUGACCAGGGAGCUUGAACUAUGGCCAAAGGAGCCUCUGCCGGCAUGGAGGCCAGUUGGAGGAGACCUUUCUGUGCGGUCUAACGGAAACUCCCCUUACCAAAUGAAAUGCAGGGUGAUAUAUGAGCAAACAAUCCCAAUCACCUCUUCAAUAAGAUCAAUUGGGGUUUCCUUUCGAGAACUAAGUGAUAAGAAAUAUGUCUCAGGUCUUCGGCUCGUACUUACAAACAACGAGGAGCUUAGACUGGGCUAUAUCCUACCAUGUAAGGAGAAACACGUUGAGUUGAAAAGCGAAUGCUUCGACUUGAAUGGGUUUAUUGCCGCAGUCGGCCCUAGAGGUGUCAUGGCACUCCGUGUUGCAACCGGACAAGGAGAGAUAUCCAACUGGGUGGGCUUGUCAGAAGGCCUGCCGCAGACCGCCCGGCUGUGUAUGAAGACAGCAAUCCACGCUUUGAAAGGUUCCUUCGAUGGCUUCAAAAUGGUAUCUUUAGCUGUUCCCACUGAUCUUCAGCCGCUCUUCCCUGACGAUACCAGAGGUGAAUACCUACACCUGCGAACUACAGGACUUUGGUAUCCAGAGAUCCCUCCCUCAUCCUACCAUCUCUACGACGAUAGAUUCGCCGGACGAAACAUCUCUCUCCUUGACUACCGUCCACUUGUGCAUGUCAUGUUUGGUGGAAGACGGGGCAACCUCCUUAAGUACCUAACCCGUAUUUCAGUUACAGUGUCCAAUGCAGCAAUCGUGGGGAUAGAUUUCUUCUACACAGAUGAUUCUCCCGUAAAGCAGCUCCAAGCUUGUCCCUCAACAGCUAGCGGGGACGAUUCCGUCAAAAUCCCCUUCCUGAUCGAUGGACCGGGGGGUGAACGGUUAACAAGUCUCCAAUCGGACGGUGAUUUCCUCCGAGCGUCCGCUGGCUAUGGGUCGUACAGAAUAAAAAUAACAUCAUUAAAGGUAAACCAAAUCCACCGUUCCAACUAUCAGCGUGUGCACUACUAA